AAUUUUGAGUUUUCCUUACUUUUCCCCCAAAUGCUCUUUUCCUCGGAUUUCAUAUCAAUAGCACUUUCUCGAGUUUUCACGAGUAACCUGACCCAGGCGGAACCUACGGAAACUAGCCGGCGAGAAUCCUACAGUCGCAGCCAUCUGAGCAGCGUCCACCCAGGGACGCUCCGCGCGGAAGACCGCCUGUGACUCGACACACUCUCCAGUGACGCGGAAGUGCCGCACGUGCGCGGCGGGGCGGAAAGGAGGGUCCGAGCGCCGGGGAAAGGGAAUCUAAGAGUCGGGACAGAGGUGAAGGAGCAGGAAGAGAGGGAGGAAAGGAGAGGCGGUCCUUUCCGGAGGUCCCUAGGUCCUUCACUUCCUGUUUGCCGGCACUUCAAAAUCCGGGUCAGAGGGUGUCGCUUCGUUUUCUUCUCCCCGGCUGAUCCCGGCACCCUCCGUGACAGCGCCUCCUGACUCAGCCUAGGGCCGGCUUCUCCUCACGACCUGCCGGAGCCUGGACGCCCACACCUGACUCGGAACCUGGAGGCGCGCGUCCUCCACCCACCGGCUCGCAGCCCCGGUCCCUGAGCGCCCGCCGACGCCGCCGAGGGGGCCCGGGCUGGCUCCUCUGCGCUGAUGCUAAGAGGAAUCGAGGGCCCGGGGCGGCGGCGGAGUACCGGCCUCUGGCGCCUUAGGCCAGCCGCAGGUGUCGGUUCUUAAGCUCUCCAGGCUCGCCAGCUCCCGCCCCGGCUUGGAUGGGUCUCCCUGCCCCAUAAAUGUGGCUGCUGAGGCGGCGGUGGCGGUGGCCCGUCACGCUGCUGCGGCGGCGCUCCAAGUUCACCUCCGCCCCGGGGCUCUCCUGCCCCACCUCGGGGCUGCCGCCACCUGCUCCUUAUCCCCUGGCCCUGGCCUUGCAGCGUGGCGACAAUGGACAAGAUCCUGGAGGGCCUGGUGAGCUCUUCGCAUCCGCUGCCCCUCAAGCGGGUGAUUGUGCGGAAAGUGGUGGAAUCCGCGGAGCACUGGCUAGACAAGGCGCAGUGCGAGGCCAUGUUUGACCUGACGACCCGGCUCAUCUUGGAGGGCCAGGACCCUUUCCAGCGGCAGGUGGGGCAUCAGGUGCUGGAGGCUUACGCACGAUACCACCGGCCAGAGUUCGAGUCCUUCUUCAACAAGACCUUCGUGUUGAGCCUCCUUCAGCAGGGCUACCACUCUCUGGACAGGAAGGACGUAGCCAUCCUGGACUACAUUCACAACGGCCUGAAGCUGAUUAUGAGCUGUCCGUCGGUGCUGGAUCUUUUCAGCCUCCUGCAGGUAGAGGUGUUACGGAUGGUGUGUGAGAGGCCGGAGCCGCAGCUCUGUGCCCGACUAAGCGACCUUCUGACUGACUUCGUGCAAUGCAUCCCCAAGGGGAAAUUGUCCAUCACCUUCUGUCAGCAGCUGGUUCGAACGAUAAGCCACUUCCAGUGCGUGUCCACGCAGGAGAGAGAGCUGCGGGAAUAUGUCUCCCAGGUGACAAAAGUGAGUAACUUGCUGCAGAACAUCUGGAAGGCCGAGCCUGCCACCCUGCUGCCUUCCCUGCAAGAAGUUUUUGCAAGCAUCUCUUCCACAGAUGCAUCAUUUGAGCCUUCUGUAGCAUUGGCAAGCCUUGUUCAGCAUAUUCCUCUUCAGAUGAUUACAGUUCUCAUCAGGAGCCUUACUACAGAUCCAAAUGUAAAAGAUGCAAGUAUGACCCAAGCCCUUUGCAGAAUGAUUGACUGGCUGUCCUGGCCAUUGGCUCAGCAUGUGGAUACAUGGGUAAUUGCACUCUUGAAAGGACUGGCAGCUGUCCAGAAGUUUACUAUUUUGAUAGAUGUUACUCUGCUGAAAAUAGAACUGAUUGUUCCUCACGUGGUUAAUUUGGUUCAUUCUUUCAAAAGUGAUGGUCUGCCUUCCAGUACAGCCUUCUUAGUGCAAUUAACAGAACUGAUACACUGUAUGAUGUAUCAUUAUUCUGGAUUUCCAGAUCUCUAUGAACCUAUUCUGGAGGCAAUAAAGGAUUUUCCUAAACCCAGUGAAGAGAAGAUUAAGUUAAUUCUCAAUCAAAGUGCCUGGACUUCUCAAUCCAAUUCUUUGGCAUCUUGCUUGUCUAGACUUUCUGGAAAAUCUGAAACUGGGAAAACUGGCCUUAUUAACCUAGGCAAUACAUGUUAUAUGAACAGUGUUAUACAAGCCUUGUUUAUGGCCACAGAUUUCAGGAGACAAGUAUUAUCUUUAAAUCUAAAUGGGUGCAAUUCAUUAAUGAAAAAAUUACAGCAUCUUUUUGCCUUUCUGGCUCAUACGCAGAGGGAAGCAUAUGCACCUCGGAUAUUCUUUGAGGCUUCCAGACCUCCUUGGUUUACUCCCAGAUCACAGCAAGACUGUUCUGAAUACCUCAGAUUUCUCCUUGACAGGCUCCAUGAAGAAGAAAAGAUCUUAAGAGUUCAGUCCUCACACAAGGCUUCUGAAAUUCUGGAAUGUAGUGAAACUUCUUUACAGGAAGUAACUAGUAAAGCAGCUGUACUAACAGAGACCCCUUGUACAAGUGAUGGUGAGAAGACUUUAAUAGAAAAAAUGUUUGGAGGAAAACUACGAACUCACAUAUGUUGUUUGAACUGCAGGAGUACCUCACAAAAAGUGGAAGCCUUUACAGAUCUUUCUCUUGCCUUUUGUCCUUCCUCUUUGGAAAACAUGUCUUUCCAAGAUACGGCGUCAUCACCCAAUGCACAAGAUGGUGGUCUGAUGCAAGCCACUAUACCCAGUCCUUCAGAAGAACCAGUAGUUUAUAAUCCAACGACAGCUGCCUUUAUCUGUGACUCAGUUGUGAAUGAAAGAACCAUAGGCAGUCCUCCCGAUGAGUUUUACUGUUCUGAAAACACUUCUGUCCCUAAUGAAUCUAACAAGAUUCUUGUUAAUAAAGGUGUACCUCAGAAAACAGGAGGUGAAACCACACCUUCAGUAACUGACUUACUAAAUUAUUUUUUGGCUCCAGAGAUUCUUACUGGUGAUAACCAAUAUUAUUGUGGAAACUGUGCCUCUCUGCAGAAUGCUGAGAAAACUAUGCAAAUCACGGAGGAACCGGAAUACCUUAUUCUUACUCUCCUGAGAUUUUCAUAUGAUCAGAAGUACCAUGUGAGAAGAAAAAUUUUAGACAAUGUAUCACUGCCACUGGUUUUGGAGUUGCCAGUUAAAAGAACUACUUCUUUCUCUUCACUGUCAGAAAGUUGGUCUGUAGAUGUUGACUUCACUGAUAUUAGUGAGAACCUUGCUAAAAAAUUAAAGCCUUCAGGGACUGAUGAAGCUUCCUGCACAAAAUUGGUGCCCUAUCUAUUAAGUUCUGUUGUGGUUCACUCUGGUAUAUCCUCUGAAAGUGGCCAUUACUAUUCUUAUGCCAGAAAUGUCACAAGUACAGAGUCUUCAUAUCAGAUGUGCCACCAAUCUGAAGCUCUGGCAUUAGCAUCCUCCCAGAGUCAUUUACUAGGGAGAGAUAGUCCCAGUGCAAUUAUCGAACAGGAUUUAGAAAAUAAAGAAAUGUCAAAAGAAUGGUUUUUAUUUAAUGACAGUAGAGUGACAUUCACUUCAUUUCAGUCAGUCCAGAAAAUUACGAGUAGAUUUCCAAAGGACACAGCUUAUGUGCUUUUGUAUAAAAAACAGAAUAGUACUAAUGGUUUAAGUGGUAAUAACCCAACCAGUGGACUCUGGAUAAAUGGAGACCCACCUCUACAGAAAGAACUUAUGGAUGCUAUAACAAAAGACAAUAAACUAUAUUUACAGGAGCAAGAGUUGAAUGCUCGAGCCCGAGCCCUACAAGCUUCAUCUGCUUCUUGUUCAUUUCGGCCCAAUGGAUUUGAUGACAAUGACCCACCAGGAAGCUGCGGACCAACUGGUGGAGGGGGCGGAGGAGGAUUUAAUACAGUUGGCAGACUCGUAUUUUGAUCCUUAGAGAGUCCAAAAUGCACUGGUCACGAAACGUCUAAUACUAUGACUGUUAAAAUGUCAAGACUAUAGCAAAUAUCUAUCUUUUAUUUUUCAUUAGACCCUUAAACUUCAAGAGAACACGCUCAGUGCUUGUUUUUAUUUUCUUGACACAUUUAUUAACAAAAUGCAUCAUGGAAAAAAAAAAUCUACCUCUUAAAAUUCCAUUUGCUUUUAUGGUUAGACAUGCUUGACCAAAAAUGUUCAGAAGAAAAUAUGUACCCGGUCCCUAAUUAAGCUGCAUUAAAUUUGGUAGAAGCAUUUAAAUGGUCUAUCUUCAGUUUUACUGAACAAAAAAUGUAAUUUAUUUAGCAUUCUUUAUAAAAGAAUUGAUGCUAGAGGUAAGAAAAUAAUUGUUUUUUAAAAAAUCCUUUAUGUCUUCUGUAAUUACCCCAUUAUUAAAUUCAAGUCUUUGAAAAUCAACUAGAGAUGAUAAAAUCUCUAAAGAAGGCAAUAACAAAAUUUAUCAAGAUAUCGUACUUUUCAGUUUUUGUUUAGUGUCUUCAGCAUCACUGUAUCUGCAUUUUAAGUGCAAAUGUUUUUAAAAAGGAUUCUUUAGACAUAUGUGCUGAAUUGAUUUUAAGAAAGUUGCAUGAUCCUGUAGGAGCAACAUUUUUACCUAAAAAAUGCUAACUUUGUAGUAUUUCUAAUUGUUCAAGGAUUUUAAAAUUCUAUUUCAGGGAGUAUAUCUUCUGUGUGUUUUGAAGGAGGUGAGUUCUGUAUGUGCCUUGCAGUACUGUAAUUCAAAAAUAGGAAUCUUUGGCUGCAAAAUGUUUUUUAAAAAUGAAAUGUUAGGAAGUAAUUUUUGUGCUAACAUUAAAAUUAUAACUUUUGAAAGGAAUUAGAUUUUCCAGAAGUAAAAUCUGAUGGUUCUAAAUCAAUGAGUGUGAUACUUCAUUUUUAACUCUCAGAAGAAUUCAGAGUAAAUGAAUCCAGCUAAGUAAAAAAUCUUUCUUGAUUUUGUUACUUAUGCCUCAGAAUAUUAAACAUUGAUCACAUAUUUUUAGAGUUGUACAUUUGAGUUUUUUGUUUGUUUGUUUCAGUCAUAUGUUUUGCACAUUUAUUUCUGUUUUCACAGUUUUAGAUAAAAUGUUAAAAUGCCAAACCCUACCGUCCUAUACUUUCUAUUGCCAGGAAACUGGAAACAUGUCAUUUCUCCUGAGUCUGGAUUAUACAGUACUCAAGAGUUAUCCCAGUUAUCCCCUUCCUAAAGGUUUUAACUUAUCCACAGUUGUGCAUUGUUCUAAAGAUUGGUCUCAUUUAUUUUGAAAACAUUUUAAGGAAAGAAUGUUCUUGGGUGAUUUGGAGUUUAUCUUUUUCCCAAGCUUUUAUGGAAGUGGUUAAAAAACAGAAAUCCUCAUGUUUAUUCCACUACCUCCCAUUCCUAACCUGUUUCUAGUCACCGGGAAGAUUAGGAAAGCAGGUUAGACUAAAAACUGAAAAUUAUUUGCAGAUUUAAUCAAGGUUCUCCUCCUUAUAAAUGAAUGAACGAGUUAUCAUGCUUUUCUGUGAUCUUCCAUUCCCAAUAGUGAAUUUCUGAACUACCCUGUGUAUUCAGUUAUCCACUUAAUAGUAACUUAUGAUCAGAUUAUAUCAGUCUUGGCAUUUAUUGAAAUUGGUAAAGUCAUUUAAUACUUGGUAGAUUGAUACUGGGCUAAGAUGCUUCUAGGAACUUUCAUAAAAGCAAUUAGACUUACACAGCUUUAUCUGUGAAUAUCAGGUCUCUCAAGGAUUUUAUGUAUCAAGAUAAUAUAUAUUGACUUUUUAAAAUGAUAAAAUGAAUUCUAGUUAGUAUCUGCUGUGGACUGGUUCCAGAACGCCAUACCCUGAUAUUGAAAUCCACAGAUGCUCAAGUUCCUUAUAUAAAAUAGCACAGUAUUUGCAUAUAACCAAUGUACAUCCUCCCAUAUUCUUUAAAUAAUCUCUAGAUGAUUAGAUGUGAUUGCAUAGCACUUACAUUGUGCUAUGUAGUUGUUAUACUGUAUUGUUUUUUCAUUUGUAUUAUCCUUUAUAAUAUUUAUUGGUUUUUUAAACUUUCUAUCCAAAGUUGUCUGAAUCCACAGAUACAGAGCCUGAGGAUUUGGAAAGCUGACUGAAUGUAGUAACUGAGAGUAUUCAAAUGAUAACUUUAUACCAAUACCAAAAAUUUGAAGACUUCCUUUUAACAUUAAAAAUAUAGUAACCUUUUAAAUUAUUUGUUGAAUUAAACAUAUGUGGAACCAGAAUAAUCAGAAGCUUCAUUCAAAACCUAUGCAGCUGAACUUUUUUUAGUAAGGUAAUACUCAGGACUGCUCUGAUUCUAACAGAUCCCUGUUACUUCAUUACAGAUUUAUUUGUCAUAUUAGGUUUUUUAUUUCUCCUGUAUUUCUAACCCUUGUACUUAGCUCCAAUUCUAGGAAAUACUGUUGUGAGGUUUGAUUCUGAAGACUGAGUAGAGUACAAUUGCUGUUUGUCUUUCCUUUAGUCCAAAGUAAUCAGUUUAAAUGAAGUUGCUCAUUGCUGCUAAGAAGCAUUAGGCUUCACUGUUAGCAAAAAUGAAAAACUAUAAAUCUCAGUUUGUUUCUUUCAAAGAUGUUUAUUGACACAUUUGAAAAAGUAAAAAAUUGUUUAGAGAUAUGCA